ACUCCUCAGUCCUCGCCUCGGCUCGGCUCCCUCCCACGCUCCAGCUCCGCCUCCAAUGGCGCCUAUGGCCAUCUCCACCCCGCUCGCCCUCCGCGCCUCCCCGACCCGCCUCCUCUCCCGCAGGCGGAGCGGAGCCAAAUCAGGCGUGGCUCUCCCAGGUCCACAAUUUGUACCACCUGGUAUUUCUUCAAAGUUGGACGAGAGGAUACAUUGUCAUUCUUCUCUGAGGAAAAAUACAAUUGUAGCAUCAGAGAAUGAAAAUCCACCUUUAAUGCCUGCCAUAAUGACUCCUGCUGGUGCUCUUGAUCUGGCAACUGUAUUGUUGGGGAACCGCAUUAUCUUCAUUGGUCAAUAUAUUAACUCGCAAGUAGCACAGCGUGUAAUAUCACAGCUUGUCACACUUGCUGCUGUUGAUGAAGAGGCUGAUAUUCUGAUCUACCUGAACUGCCCCGGCGGAAGUCUCUACUCCAUCUUAGCAAUUUAUGAUUGCAUGUCCUGGAUCAAGCCCAAAGUUGGAACAGUGUGCUUUGGUGUUGUUGCUAGCCAGGCAGCAAUUAUACUUGCUGGCGGUGAGAAGGGAAUGCGUUAUGCCAUGCCAAAUGCUAGAGUAAUGAUUCAUCAACCUCAAGGUGUAUCAGAGGGUAAUGUGGAGGAGGUGAGGCGACAGGUUGGGGAAACCAUUUAUGCUCGUGAUAAAGUUGAUAAGAUGUUUGCUGCUUUUACUGGGCAAACCUUGGAUAUGGUACAACAGUGGACAGAGAGGGAUCGUUUCAUGUCUUCAUCUGAAGCCAUGGACUUUGGACUAGUUGAUGCCCUGCUGGAAACAAGAUACUAACAAACAAACACUUAGGCACAGUUUGAUUAGCAGAGGCUGGUACAAGGAUUGUGAAACUGGAGCUGAAGUUGAGAUUUUCGCCGUCCUUCUAGUUCAAGGACUCCAAUGACAGGAGGCUGGAUCUGCGAGACUUGAAUGCAUCGCCAUCGCUCCUAUGAGCAAAACAUCUCUGCGUUGAGUGUGAUUUUUUGCUCUUCUUUUUUGGAUCUGGUUUUACAUGCCGCCAGCCUAUGGUCUCAAUGCAUUGGUCCUGCUAAUGUUUAGUGUAGACCAGAUGAUCCUUUAGACAGCAAAACAUCAGUUAUUACUCCGUAGAUUUUCCCAUGAGCUGAUUCCAGACUGUGUGCAACUUUUGUGUUCCAAUUGCAAAGUUUGCAACCCAACCCAACCCAACACAUGGGCUGAUGGGCUGUUGACAAAGGAGAGAUUUUACACUUCACAUAUGUCAAACUAAAUAAAUACUCCCCCGUUCCUAAAUA